UUAGUAUUGUUAAGCUUAAAAGGAAUUUCUUGUUAAAUCUAACUCAUGGCUGGCACUUGUCUCUUCAAUUAACACGAAUUCACUGUGCAUUUCGAUUCGGUCUAUUGGUGGAGCUCUAAAAUAUUUGCGUUCAUUAACUAUAGAACGGGAAACGCGAAUUCCGUGAUUUUCAGUUCCAUAAACAAAUUAGCAAUCAUUUAAAAAAAAUCUACUCUAAAUUCAGUUAUUCACGUAGUUUCCCCUGUUCCAGAAAAAAUAGUUCCAUUUGACUAGUGCCACAUUUAUCCCACUCUUGGUGAAAUAGUUGGAUUUUCCCCAGCUUUUUAGAUGCCAAAGGACUAGUGAACUACAGUUCCCCUGCCAGUUAUAAGUCAGCCACGAUAUCAUUCACGACUGUGUAAAUAGCGGAUAGUGAAGUGAGGCUAAAAAAUGAAUUGGUUGAUGCAUUUUUCCUGGAUUUUUUUAACGGUGACGCUAUUCCUUUGUGAGAGUAGUUUAACAUACAAACUGAACAACAAUCAUUGGAAUAGGAAUGGAUUUGUUAGGUUGACAGACAGGAUCCAUAGAGGAUCUAAUCAACAUAAAUUUAUUGGAACCCACUCGAGAACUAGAAAGAUAAUGACAGACAUGGAUCUGGCAACGAGUUAUGAUGGAGAUGUGCUUUUGCCAGACAUGGCAUUUACAAGCAAUAGAGCACCUGUUCAAAAAUCGGAUAUACCAUCUUCUUCUCAUAGAACUGUAAGGACAGUUGUCGCCAAGGAAGAUCGUAUUUGGGAACAUGGUGUCAUACCAUAUAUGAUCGAUCGAAUUUUCAAUGAUAGUCAAAGAACUCUAUUCCGGGAUGCAAUGAACCAUUGGGAGAACUAUACCUGCCUGAAGUUUGUUGAACGUCAACCCGAUUUACAUCCGAACUAUAUCACAUUUACCAUAUUAUCAUGCGGGUGCUGCUCCUUUGUUGGAAAACGUGGAAAUGGCGGACAAGCAAUCUCUAUUGGAAAAGACUGCGACAAAUUUGGUGUCAUCGUUCAUGAGCUAGGACAUGUCAUAGGUUUUUGGCAUGAACAUACACGGCCGGAUCGGGACGAUCACAUAUUCGUUGAUAAAGCAAACAUUAUAAAACAUCAAGAAGGCAAUUUCGAAGUUUUGAAGAAAGAUGAAGUCGAUUUUUUGGGAAUGCCAUAUGAUUACGAAUCUAUUAUGCACUAUGCUCGAAAUACGUUUUCAAAAAGCUCAUAUUUAGAUACAAUCAUCCCGAAACAGUUAACUGGGAAAGGACGUCCAGAAAUCGGACAACGGUAUAAAUUGAGUAGGGGAGAUAUUGCGCAGGCGAAUUUGCUGUAUAAAUGUCCGCAGUGCGGAAGGACGUUUCAAGAUGAUCACGGAGACUUUACAUCUCCCACGUAUGAUUUUACGGAAGAAGUCCAAAGUCAAGUUGAAAAGUGCGAAUGGCGAAUAACUACGCAUUCAGGCGAGAGAUUACAGAUGACGAUAAGAAAUUUGUCGAUUUUCGAAUCGGUUGGCUGUGCAACCGACUAUUUAGAAAUCCGGGAUGGCUACUGGGAUAAAUCUCCACUUAUAGGACGAUAUUGUGGGAAUGCAACCGAAAUAAAAAUUAAAUCUCAGUCCAACCGUUUUCUGGUAAGAUACGUGAAUACACAUCGAAAUAAAGGCUUCCGAGGAUUCCAAGCUACAUAUUUUUCGUUUUGUGGAGGAGAAUUUUCAACGUCUACCGAUACUAGAAUUAUUAGCCCAAAUUAUCCACUGAACUACUUACCGAACAAGGAGUGCACUUGGAAGAUAGUUGCCCCCGAGGGAAUUCACAUUGCGCUCAAAUUCGAGCAGUUUCAAUUGGAAUAUCAUAAAUCGUGCGAAAAUGAUUAUCUUGAAAUUCAAAACGGAGAUGUUGUGGAAGUGUAUUGUGGAAGCGACUAUCCUCAACUUAUCAAAUCUGAAGGAAACCAACUUACAAUUCGAUUUUUCACGGAUAAUACGGUGGAAAGAAAGGGAUUUUCUGCGAUAUUUGCGAAUGAUAUUGACAAAUGUGCCCAAGGGAAGCACAAUUGCGAACAUCAAUGUGUAAAUACUUUGGACAGUUACAAAUGCACGUGCGAAAUUGGAUAUAAAUUGGGAUCAGAUGGAAAAAGUUGCCAUGAUUCGUGUGGUAGCUUAAUCGAAGUAGAGGACACAGUUGGAACUGUUUCAACCCCCAGUUUCCCCGAUAAAUACCCGAAUAAUAUCGAGUGUGUUUGGGAACUAGUUGCACCAGUAAAUCGACAGGUUUUCUUGAAUUUCACGCAUUUCCAACUGGAGGGCGGAACACUUCACUUAGAUUGUAACUACGAUAAUGUAACUGUAUUCUCACAAAUGGACGAUAAUUUUAAGCGAAUGGGAACAUUUUGCGGGUCAACUAAACCGCCUCUUAUCGUAUCCGAUAAGAAUAUUUUGCGUAUUGAAUUUCACUCGGACAAAUCCAUCGAACACGCGGGAUUUUCAGCGAUCUAUUUCACAGAUGUGGACGAAUGUGCAACUAAUAAUGGUGGCUGCCAGCAUUUUUGUGAGAAUACUCUCGGAUCAUACAAUUGCACGUGUAAAAGUGGAUACACUUUGAAUGAAAACCAGCAUAAUUGUGAUGAGUCUGCGUGUAAAUUUGAAUUCGUGAAGCCACAUGGAAUUAUCAUGAGUCCGAAUUAUCCCAAUCCUUAUCCACCUAAUUCUGAUUGUUUAUGGUUUAUAAACGUUUUGAAAGGACAGCGUAUUCGUCUUGGUUUUAAGGGAAUCGAUAUUGAAAAUCAUCAGGAGUGCGUUUAUGACUACCUGGCUAUCUACGAUGGGCCCUCACUGCUUAGUUCAUCAUUGGGUAAAUUUUGUGGAGAGAAUAAACCCCCUCCGAUGACAUCAACAUCCAACGAACUUUCUAUCAACUUUAAGUCGGACAAUACAUCACAACAUUCUGGUUUUAAGAUCUACUAUUCCGCAAUAUGUGGUGGAUAUUUACGAGCAACAAAUGAAACUCAACGUUUUUACUCGCAUCCCAAGUAUGGCCAGCGAAACUAUAAAGGUAAUAUGGACUGUACGUGGACUAUUCAGUCGGAUCCUGAUUAUAGUGUUCAACUCACUUUCGAAGUAUUCGAAGUGGAACAUACAGAGAACUGUAGCUUAGACUACGUCGAAAUCUACGACUAUUCGGGACCAGACACUAAGUACUUUGGAAAAUAUUGCGGAAAUUCGAUACCCCCGAAUAUUACAUCUAUAUCGGAUGCACUAAUUGUGCGUUUCCGAACAGAUAAGGACAUGAACAUGAAAGGAUUUGUAAUUUCGUAUGCGGAAGUGGACGCCAGUGAUGAUUAUGAAACUAUACUUCCGGAGAGUUCGGAAAUCGUAACACCGUUCCCAGGCUAUCAGAAAAGUAUCUACUUACCUGAUUCAGAUGAUAGCACUGGUGGUUAAUUAUUUAUUACGUUUUAUUGAAAUGUAGAAGUGUAAAUGUAUAAUUUUGUAGAAAUAAAUGUUCUUAUUUUAUUACUCUA